AUGGCCGAGUCCGGCGUUACGAUCACCUCCGACAGUGAGCAGUACUCUGGCGGCGAGGAUCUGUCAACGUCACCUCCUUCGUCCUCCUCGCCUCCAAUUGUGCUCUACCAACCCCCAACCGUGUGGUCCCUGAUACGGGGCGCCGCUAUCAACCUAUUUCUCCCCUUCAUAAACGGCAUGAUGCUGGGCUUUGGCGAGCUGUUCGCGCACGAGGCCGCCUUCCGACUGGGCUGGAGCGGUACAAGGAUCUUCCCUCUCUCUCGACGGAAGGCACACCCAAUUGGACCAGGCAUCGAGGUCCGAGACCGACCGAGGCCGCGCCCCGAUCUGGACGACCUCACGAGCCUCGAGUGA